AUGGUAAACUACAAUGGUAAAUUAGGUUUUCUUCUGUCUGGAGAAUCUGGCUACGUUUAUGAAAGAAGUACAAGUGUUAACCUGUGGGUACUAGAAGAUACCGACAAGCAGGAAUGGUCUGAGCGUACGUUUGUAUUGCCCGCUUUGUGGGAGGAUAUUGUUGGGAGUGUAAGGUUAGGAUUUGUUGGAAUGACGCGGACAAAUGAGAUUGUUAUGAGGCCACUGGGUCUUCCAGGAAGACCUUUUCACCUAAUCUACUUCAAUAUUGAGAGGAAUACUGUCGUUAGAGUUUCAAUCCAAGGAAUGGAUGUGUCUGAGUAUGAUCAUGUUCACAUCUUUCUAGACCAUGUAGAGAAUGUGAAGCUUCUAUGCGUAGAGAUCAAGCUAACUUGUCAUGAGCUGAAGAACAAAGAGCAGCUAGCAGAAACUAUGAGUGUACCUCAGUAA